AUGGUAAAAAAGAGAACAAACGUUGACAAAGGAGAAGAAGUAGAGGACGAUAGAGGAAAGCUCGAAGUAGAUAUCGAAACCUCAACUCACGAGAGAGAAGGUGAUGAAAAGAAGACCGGAAAUGAUAGUCUGCCCGAAACAAAAAGUGAACAAUUAACUAUGCAUAAUGUUAGCUCAAAUGAAAUAGUACAAGCUGAUAAGCCUUUCCCAGAAGAGAGUCGAUCCGUCGAAGAUAGCCUAGACACUGACAAAAUCACAGCACAAGAAGCUGGUCAACUUAGUAGCGCAGAAGAUAAUGUCACAAAAACAGAUAUUAAAAGUUUAGAUGAAAAAACCUCCACAAGUGAUAAACAGGAAGAAGGGUCGCCACUAAAAAUAUGUGAAGGUCCUUUUAGGAUAUCUACUCUAUUAGACAAUGUACCAUCGGACCUAACGUACACAUGUUGUGAAGCGUACGAGAACCACAUAUUCUUGGGAACAACUACUGGUGAUCUUCUACAUUACUUUGAACUUGAACGUGGAAACUACAUGCUUGUGUCCCAAACAAAGCUCGAUGCAGAAUCAAAUUCGAAGAUAGACAAAAUCCUGCUUUUACCCAAAGUAGAAGGUGCACUAAUAUUAUGUAAUAAUGAACUGGUAUUAUUUAUUCUUCCAGAAUUUGCACCAAGGCCCAACACAACUAGACUCAAAGGUAUCAAUGAUGUCGUUAUCUGUAAUUUUUCUCGAAGCUCAAAGGCUUAUAGAAUAUAUGCAUUUCACACGGAGGGUGUAAGACUACUCAAAAUAUCUGCAGAUUCGUUAGUACUUGCCAAAACCUUUAAUUUCAAACUAAUAGAUAAAGCUUGUGCGCAUGAAGAAACGUUAAUGGUUUCAAAGUUAAAUAAUUACGAACUCAUAAAUCUAAAGUCCUCGCAGGUAAUUCCAUUGUUUCGAAUAAGUGAAACUGAUGAAGACUUGGAGCCUAUAAUAACCAGCUUCAAUGAAGAUAACGAAUUUCUAGUUUGUUCUGGAGGAGGAUCAUACGAAAGUGGGGCUAUAGCCUUAGUGGUAAAUCAUCAUGGAGAUAUAAUAAAGGGAACAAUAGUGCUAAAAAAUUAUCCAAGAAAUGUAAUCGUUGAGUUUCCCUAUAUAAUCGUGGAAUCUGCCUUCCAGUCGAUUGAUAUAUACUCUGCUUUACCUACUGAAGAAUCACAGCUGUUGCAAAGUAUAACUAGUUCUGGAUCGGGUUUAAAAAUUUCAAAGUCUGACAAUAUAUUCACUAAUACCGAUAAUUCUAAAGAGUAUAAAGAAAAACUAUUCAAUAAGUUGAGACUAGAACCUCUAACACACAGUGAUAAUAAAUUCAGGAUAGAAAGAGAACGUGCCUUUGUUGAAGAGUCUUAUGAAGAAAAGACCUCUUUGAUCGUUUAUAAUAAUUUAGGGAUCCAUUUGUUAGUGCCGACACCUAUGAUCUUGCGCUUUACAUCAUGCGAAGAGUCUGAAAUCGAUAAUAUCGAAGAUCAACUCAAAAAGCUUGCGAAAAAGGAUUUAACUAAAUUUGAGAACAUUGAAGCGAAAUAUUUAAUGUCUCUCUUAUUGUUUCUAAUGACGUUGCAUUACGAUCACAUAGAAGAUGAGGUAAUGAAGAGGUGGUGUGACUUUUCUGACAAGGUUAACAUCAGAAUAUUAUUUUAUAUGUUCGGCUGGAAAGUUUAUAGCGAGAUCUGGUGCUUCCAUGGAUUAGUGAAUAUGGUCGAAAGGUUAAAAAGUUUGAAGUUGAGUAACAAAUGCGAGGAUGUCAUAAAAAUGCUUUUAAUGAUGAAGUCAGAACUAAAGAGAAAAAAUAAAACUGGACUCUUAGCAAGCGAUUUCGAUGAUAUAAUGAAAACUAUUGAUAUAACUUUAUUCAACUUACGAUUAGAGAAAAAGGAGGCUAUAACUAUAGAUAUGUUCGAACGUGAAAGUUACGAUGAAAUUAUCAAAGAGAUUAAUAUACAUGGUGAUGAAUUUCCUGGGAUAGAGCUGCUAAUUGAGAUAUAUAAAGAAAAGGGGGAAUAUCUAGAACCGUUAAAUCUUUUGAAGGAAGCCGAGGAUUACAGGUCACUGGUUUCAUUCAUUGAAAAAAAUAUUAAAGAGUUUCCCGAGGAAUAUGUUAAAGAAAGACUUGCCGAUGAUCUUAUUCUCACUCUUAAACAAGACGACGAAAGUCCUGAGGAAUGUGUCAUCAAAAACAUUCUCAAAAUACUAAGCAUGGCAGGCAUAAAUAAAAACGAGUUUCUAGACAAAAUACCGGCAGAAGAAAUAUCCUUGAAGGUAUCGUUCAUAGAGGAACUCGGCAUUCAAAACAGUAACGAUUCUAAAUUCCUCUUUAACUAUUAUUUGGCAAAAUUGCGAGAAAUAAUCAACCAAAAUAACAUAUGGUCCAUUCUUGAAGACUUUAUUAAAGAGUACAAGGAUGAUUUGGCGUAUGAUAAGACAGAUAUAACAAACUUUGUCCAUAUCAAAUUAAAGCAUAAUCUUAAGUGUGAAAGUUUUUCAAAAUAUUAUGAAAAAUGUGAAAAUUUAAAAUCAGAAAAUGAAAAAGAUGAUGAGUUUAUCAAUUUCACGUUUGAGGAAAUUUCUAAGAUCGAUAAAGAAUACAUAUUGAGCUUGUUAUUCUUCCCCAAUGAAUUGAUAAAUUGGAUUUCCUCCGAAGAAUUGCUGAAAAUAUAUCUGUCAUUUAAUGAUUUCAAAAGCGUAGAAAAAUACACGGGUAAGCAAAACUUGGUUGCAGUGAUGAAACAAUACCUGGACAUAUCUUCCUUGAACUACUCGGUUGAGUUAGUGACCAAUUUGCUACAAAGAAAUUUUGAACUUUUAGAUGAUUUAGAUAUGCAAUUAAAGGUCCUCGAAACCAUACCCUCUAUUUUUCCUAUACAAGCAAUAUCUCAACUACUUUUAAAGGUACUUAUUCAGUACCAAGAGAGAAAAGAGGAAUCUAAUUUACGAAAAUGUUUACUGAAAAAUCAAAUAUCCAUUUCUGACGAACUAAGCCGGAAUUUUGAAAGUCAAGAAUGA